AUGGACUCAUUUUUUGUAAGGGGACUUUACAGGACCAUUGAUUUUCUUAAUAAAAUAAAAAUAGAUAUUCCACCACUAAAAAUAUUAUUUUCACCUACAGAUGUACAAUAUACAGUGUAUAUGAACUUAAAAGAAUAUUUUAUAGCAUAUAACUUAUUAUUGUGUGAUGAGAGUAAAAUUUUUACUGAUACUAUCAUCUUUUGUACCUGCUGUGGGAAUCUAAAAAAUUUUAUGAGAAAUUAUGCACUGUUUAUGCAUAAAAAAGGAAACCCUGUAAAAAUUAAUACUAAAAAUUGUAAUGAUGAUUUUUUGUUAUAUUUAGUAGGGCUGGUAAAUAAAGAUAUUAACGUAUUACUAGAAGUAGUGAAUAAACAACCCUACUUUUGGGAUGCAUAUCUUGCUAUAAUAGAUCUAGUGACAUCAGAAACAGUACCUGAUAUUACUGGUCCACUGAGUGAAUUUUUUUAUAUGAAAUUAUUUGUUAAAAAACAAAUUUAUAAGAAAACAUUUAGGUUACGAGAUGAAUAUUUAAAUUUAAAAGGAGCUGUUUUAUAUUACAGACGUGAAUUUAAUAAAGCGCAAAAAAUAUUUGAAGGAUGUAAUGUGUAUUCUGAAUAUCUCGAUCUGCAUUCUAAUAUUUUGUAUAUUAAAAAAGAUCCUUGUGUGUAUGACAUAGCAUAUAAAUUAAUAAAUAUGAAUAGAUACAGAGCGGAAACAUUCUGUUGUAUUGCAAAUACAUACAGCUUUAAAAAGGUUCAUAAUAAGGCUAUAGAAUAUUACACUGUGUGUACUAAACUCUCUCCUUGUUCUAUUUACUUCACUUUACUGGGCCACGAAUAUUUGGAAAUGAAAGAAUAUAAAAAGGCUAUAGAGUCAUACACUGAAAGUUUAAGGAUAUCAGAAGAUGAUUAUAGAGGAUGGUAUUCCUUAGGAAAAGUGUGUGAAGUACUAAAUAUGAUUGAAACAAGUUUAUUUUACUAUAAAAAGGCUGUAGAAUAUAAAAAAGAUGACACACUUGUUUGGCUUAGCCUUGGAAAUGUAUACAUUACUUUACAGUUAUAUGAAGAUGGUCUUAAAUGUUUUAAACGGAGUGUAAAGCUAAAUGAUUCACUUGGAUAUUUAUAUAUUGCUGAGACUUAUAAAACAAUGAAGAUGUACAGUGAGAGCGCCGAAUUUUAUGAAAAGUUUGUAAAUGCCAGUAAAGAAAAAGACGGGGAUGUAAAGAAAAUAUGUCUAUUUUUAGAAGAGUAUUUUAGGAAAAUGUGUGAUAAUGAAAAGAGUAAAAAAUAUUUUGAUAUGGCUAAGGAAAUUGAUUAA